UGGUCAUUUCCUCGUCUCUCGUGUUCAUUUGUUUUGCGGUAGUCGAUUUGAGUAGCCGAAGAGGAGUUUCUGUUUGCCGUUCGUUUUUCGCUGUCUGCAUUUCUUCAUUCAUUGUAACUGGUGCUAAAUAUGGCCAAUAACAGAGGCAGUUUGGUUGACGCGAUGUCGGAGCUCCUGACAAGGGGCACGGGUGCCGACAUUACGCUGUGUGUCCGAGGUGGUGAAGUAGAGGCGCACAGCUUAAUACUCGCUGCCAGGAGCCCUGUCUUCGCAGCUAUGUUACUGCAGCACGACACGGAGGAAGCUGCCAGUGGCCGUGUCCAGAUACCGGACGUAGAGGCUGCCACUAUGCGGCAGCUCGUCCGCUACGUGUACACGGACGAGGUCCCGGAGGGGAAAGAAUCUGCGGCAGAGCUUCUCGUGGCUGCAGACAAAUACGGCCUCCUUCUGCUGAAGGAGGCUUGCGAGGACCGGUUGCUGCAGAAUCUGUGUCUAGAAAAUGUGGCGGAGUGUGCGGUGCUGGCCUGGCAGCACUGUUGCUCGCGCCUGCUCGGUGCCGCCGUCGAGGUGAUCUCCCGGGACCCUCCGGAGGCCCGCAAGACGGAGGGCUGGCGAGAGGGAGUGGCCUGCUGCCCGCGACUGAUGACGGAAAUCUCGGAUUUGGUUGAAGCGAAAAUCAGUGCCGCAAAGGAGGAAGCCUUGAAGAAGUGGCUGCACGAGGCUGCAGAAUGUGGAAACAUGGCCGAAAUCGUAGAAAUCCUGGCACAGGGAGUAGACAUAAACUGCCGGUGUGAACACGGCAACACGGCACUUCACAAGGCGGCAAAGGGUGGCGACGUCUUGGCCGUAAACUGGCUGUUGGAGGCGGGUGCCGAUGUCUGCGCGCAGAACAACUGGCAGCAGACGCCCCUCCACGUAGCAGCGGGAUAUGGCAGACAGGGAGUCGCCAUGGCCUUGCUGUUUUACAGGGCUGACAAAGACGCGUGGGACGGCAGCGGGCAGACGGCUCUGCAGGUUGCCGCCGCGUGUGGUGAAGCGUCCGUGGUCAACCUGUUGUUGCGGCUGGGAGCAGACCGAUCCGCUGCCGGAUACGGCAUGACGCCUCUACAACUUGCCCAGGCGUACAAUAGGAAGGCUGUCGUCGAUAUUCUGAGUGGGAUUCGUACGGUGUAAGGUGGACCUUUUGUACCAUUUUCGA